UUGGGAUCCGACUAACGACUGAAGAACAACAACCAGGAAAACCCGGAAGCAGCGCCACAAUUCUCAGAAUGCCAGAAACAAAGCGAACCUCUGGACUUUACUUGUCACAUGUAACUUAGCUUUAUUUAAUUUCCGUGAGUUAUGAAGACAUAAAAUUUGAAUCCACCGGCAGCGCUAAUAGACUGCACAUGAAGAGACAACACCGGUGCAUGGAGCUCACAGGCUAAACAAGGAAAUGCCGAAAGUUGCUUUACUCACCGGUGGAUUUCUGUCGUGUUUUCUCCCAGACGUGGUGUGGAUUUACAGUGUCUGUUUAGCACCGUGGCGGCUGUCAUGUAGUGAGGGACCACGUAGCUGUAGCUACUGAGGCUCCAUGACUCAGUAGAAAUGGAAGAUGUGAUUACUCUCAGCUCAGACGACUCCGAUGUAGAAAUCGUCGACUGCUACAAUAAAGUGGCCGCAGACCCGCUACCUCUGUCGGCGGUGCGGAUUGACGUCGACGCCAUAAAUGUCCGAAUCCCACCGCAUUAUAUCGACCUCUCAGAUCCCCGAUGGGCUCCUCCACAGCUGAAGCCGUGCAAAAGGCAAAAUGCCUCUGGCGUGGCAGUGGUAGACUUGACAGAGAGCAGUGCAGAUGGGGCAGAGCAGGAGACUGAGAAUUUGCCACCAGAUGAUUAUCAGUAUCAAAAAGAAGGCAUUAAUAUAGACCUAAUUUCAAACAAGCAAGAUUCUAACUUACAGAAAAGCUCUUCGCGAGACUGCAGUGUUUCUGCUCCACAGCAGGACUGUGGGAAACUAAAACCAAAGCGGAGACGUGUGAAUUUUCAAACACAGCAGCAAAAGGAGAGCAGUGAAGUGGAUGCCCCUAAUCACACUCCAGCUGUGAAGUUGACACGAUUGCCUUUUCUUGAAACUCAUGUCAUGGAACUGGAAAAAUCUAAAUGUUCUGUUCAGUUAACUGAAGAUUGCACACAAAUGUCACUGUGCUUUAAACAGCAGAACAAUAACGUUGAAAGACCAGAGUGCACGAGUGAUUUACGGACAACUAUUGCAUCAGAUGCUUCUCACAUGGAGUUUUCAUUUAGUGAGUCGCCUGAAGUGGUUAAAUGUUUGACCGGACAACAAGAGAGCAGUAAGGCAUCUGAAAGCAUACAGUUACCAGAUAAUGAACCUCAAGACCUCGGGAGCCCUACUGAGUCUCUUGGCUCUGAGAAAAGAAACCCUGGUGAAACUUUGAAAGAGCACAGCACUCAUGAAGGUGAGAGAGAGAGUUGCUCCCCAACUUUGUCCCCUUCUGCUGAGCGCAAAGCACAACAAGAAGGCCGCUGCUCCAACCUCGAGCAACUGGAAUUGAAAGCAGAAUCUAGACAAAGCUGUCUCCCUGAUAAGUCGUCGACAGUCUCCCGCACCAGCAGACUCGGCUCUUCUGAGCUUUUGGAGCCUGAUCCUCUCUCCCAUACAAGUCCUACAUCUCAUAAACCAAAGAGCCACGUCGACCCACCGUCACCCUCUGAACAUAGAUCACCUGAAGGAACGCCUGAAUGGCAGUCGGACAAUGAAACAUACAGGGAGGAUAUAGGAAAUGACAGCCCCGUGUUCCUUUGGCAAGGGGAAAGUGAUGGAGAAGACAUGAAAGAAGAGAGCAGGAGCUUGGACUUCAGGGCAGUCAGUAGUGAGGACAGGCUUUUUGUGUGCCCGGUUACACUCAGGAAAUUGAUGGCUGGUCAAGCUCAAGCCCUGAUGAGUGAGGAUGAUGAACUUUUUGAAACCUCAGUGGUGUUAUGCCGCCAGAGCCUUAGCCUGGUUUACAGCACUAUUGACGAGAACUACACAGAAGGCACUUUGCAGCUGCUGUCUGACCUACUACAGCCAGGUUACUAUCCCCCCAAAGACAUCACAUCCCAUCUGCUCCGUGGCAUUCUGCUCGACCCAAAGUGUUCCUACCACCUCUGCGUGCAGGCCUUUAAUCUGCUGAUGAGGACACAGAGACACCAUAUGGCUGAUAAAACCACAGUUCCAUGGGAUUGGGAGUUACUGACCUCAGUCAUGUCCGAUCAGAGGCAUCAGUGUGAGGUUGUGCGCAUGCUCCUAGAAUACGUCGCGCAGACAUUGGAGGAUGACUUUCAGGCCAAAAGUAGUGCAUCUGCUCUUCACCACUCCAUCGCAAAGGCAACACUGUCAUGUGACCAGCAGUUCCCUCGAGUCAGGGACGUCAUCAGGUGGCUGUUUUCUGCCAUUAUGAAAUCAACAGAGCUUGGAGAGAGUAAAGAAACAACCAGAGAGAGGAAUGAGCAAAUUAGAAUGGUGUCCGUCUUCCAAAGGAUGCUGUCUUUAGCUCUGGAGGUGGAUCGUUCUCCCGCUCUAAACUCCGCCAAGCUGUCCCAGGAGCUCUUCGAUAUGCUCAUCAGCAAUAUGGCUCUACGAGCACACAGGAUGUUAUUGCUGGAGAGCCUACAGAGCAAGCUGCUGAGAUGUAAGCUGUUGGAAUAUCUGCUGGACUACUCAUGCCCACUGAAAAUCUCCCUGCCCAUGUCGCUCAGUCUGCUGCUUCACUUUCUGAAGAACUGCACUUUGGCCCCAGACCCGACGGAUGGCGAUGACAGGUGGCAGAGGUGGGAGGAGCUGGUCCAUCUUCUCUGGAUGUUGUUGCUCAGCUAUAACAAAGCGAUGAAAGGCUACUUGUGCAGGUCAUUCCCUGAGCAAAGAGGCAGUGUUGGCACAUCAGUCUACAAGCCAGACGACAUGGUGUGGAAGCCCGCUGUUCGUGAAGCUGUGGAGGCCUUCUUGUCCAGAUCCCAGGCUGACAUCGGCCAAGCCUUACCUCUUCAUGUGGAAGAGUCCCUAACUUAUCUACAGGAUCACCUGCUGGAUGUUUGUCAGUGUUGAAUAAAAUAGCACUGGUUCUUAUUGA